AUGUCGCGAAGGCAGGCCGACCAUGACUACAACCUCCGGAGUAUGAACAACCUGAUGGGCGAGAGGUGGAAGAAAGUGAACGACGGAGGUGAGCGCAGUCUCAUCAAGGCUCCGUCCAACGCCAGCAUCAGCAGCCAGGGCGCCUCCACUGGAGCUUCCGCCGCCGCUGGUGCCCCAUCAGCCCCCUCCUCCUCGUCCACUGGAGACCUGGAGAGAGCUGCCCGCAAGCAGUUUCAGCAGGAUGUUACACCUGGUUUCGUCUACGUCCUGGCCAUCUUCUCCGCCCUGGGGGGCUUCCUUUUCGGCUAUGACACCGGGGUGAUCUCCGGGGCGAUGCUCCUAUUGAAGCGGGAGCUGGACCUGAGCGCCCUGUGGCAGGAGGUGCUCAUAUCAAGUACUGUGGCCGCAGCCGCCCUCUCCGCCCUGCUGGGCGGCUUUCUCAACGGGGUGUUCGGGCGCAGAGUGUGCAUACUGCUCGCCAGCUUCUUCUUCGCCGUCGGGGGGAUCGUCCUUAGCAGCGCUCCCGGUAAAGAGGUGCUCCUGGCGGGUAGGCUCAUCGUUGGAUUGGGGCUCGAGCUGCCACAGUGUGGUGCCCGCUUGGAGACAGCGUGGCUCGUUUCCCAGCAAGUGGUUUCCAUGGCGACGGGUAGCCACGUAGUCAUGGCGGCCGUUCAGGCCAGGGCGGUGGCUGUAGGGAGGUACAUGUUGGGUCUGUCUGUGCUCCCCGCUGUGCUCCAGUUCAUGGGAUUCCUCUUCCUGCCAGAGAGCCCUCGCUGGUUAAUUCAGCGUGGGCUGACCCAGAAGGCCCGCCGCGUGCUCAGUCAGAUCCGAGGCAACCAGAACAUAGACGAGGAGUACGACAGCAUCAAAAACAGCAUCGAGGAAGAAGAGAAGGACAGCGGAGGAGAUGGCCCGGUGAUCUGGCGGAUGCUGACCUACCCCCCAACACGACGAGCCCUGGUGGUGGGCUGUGGUCUUCAGAUGUUCCAGCAGCUUUCAGGAAUCAACACAGUCAUGUACUACAGUGCCACCAUCCUGCAGAUGUCAGGAGUGCGCGAUGACAGGUUGGCAAUCUGGUUGGCUGGACUCACCACCCUCACCAACUUCCUGUUUACUCUGCUGGGAGUGUGGCUGGUGGAGAGAGUGGGGCGUAGGAAGCUCACCCUAGGCAGCAUCAUAGGCACAUGUUUCAGUUUGAGUCUGUUGGCCAUCGGUUUCUUAAUGUCUGCACAGCACAGUCCCCCUGUCACCUACCACCCAUUAGACCCCGCCAUGGCCAACUCUACCUGCUCCAAGUACCAGGUGUGCGAGCCGUGCAUGCUGGAUCCUGGAUGCGGCUUCUGUUACCGUGAGAAUGGCUCGGCGCUGCUCGCCUCCUCCUGCGUGCCAGUCAAUAAGGCCUCCACCGAGCACGCAGCAUGGGGCAGAUGCUCCAACUCUACCCUGAUGAGAGAUCAGACCUACUGGGCCUACAACUACUGCCCCACCUCCUUCUCCUGGUUGGUUUUACUGGGACUGGUGUUCUACUUGGCUGCCUUUGCGCCGGGUAUGGGUCCAAUGCCAUGGACCAUCAACUCUGAGAUCUAUCCUCUUUGGGCAAGGAGCACAGGGAACGCCUGUGCAGCAGGGGUCAACUGGACCUUCAACAUCCUGGUGUCUCUUACCUUCCUCCACCUGGCUCAGUACAUCACCUACUAUGGAGCUUUCUUCCUGUACUCCAGCAUGGCCUUGCUGGGUUUCGUCUUCACAUAUGGCUGCCUGCCAGAAACCAAAUCCCGCCGUCUGGAGGAGAUCGAAGCGUUGUUCGAAAACCACCUUUGCUCUUGCGGCGCCUCUGAUUCGGAUGAGGGACGGCAGGUUGAGUACAUCCGGGUCAAAGGUUCAAACUACCAUCUAUCGGACAAUGACGCAUCAGAUGUAGACUAGAGGAAACUUGGGUGUUGCUUACCUCCCUCUGGGUGUUUCAUUAGCUGUUUCACUGGAACAUGCAGAGCGGCUGAGUCUGUAUUAGUGUUCUUUUUCCUGUGAUCUGUGGGGCCACUGGUUUACCUCCAACAUAGAUUGGGAAUUACAUUUUAGAAGACUAUGCUUCUAUCAGUAACAUGUAUCAGUUCACUUUUCAAGCAGUCAGUUGGGGAAAUCCCAAUCAACACUAAUGCUUUAGCAUGAAUGUUUCCCAUUAGUUCAUUCUCUAAAUUCAGGGGUGAACUGGCACCUUAUCUGGUUU